AUGGCCAGCAGUUUGCCACACGCCCAUGGUGACCAUGCACCUUUCGACGUGGCCGUCGUCGGCGGCGGUAUUGUUGGACUCCACGUUGCCCUGGGACUCGUGAGGCGGGGCAUCCCCGUCACGAUCUAUGAGCAAGCGCAUGAGCUCAAAGAGAUCGGGGCCGGCAUGGGCUUCACAUCCAACAUAGUGGGUUGUAUGGCCGCCAUAGACCCUAAAGUCGCUGAAAGUCUGGAUGACGUUUCAAUCAGGUCUGGAGGAAGUGUACGGUGGAUUGAUGGACUCGCCCAGGAGGAUCUAAGGUCCAGGCCCGAAAAUCGGCUGUUUGACGUUGAAAUCUGCCUUGAUGGGGAGGCUAUAGCCAGGACAACCCAUCGUGGGCAAUUCCUGAAUGAACUGGUUAAACUACUGCCACCCAACCAGAUCAAGCUUGGAAAGCGCCUGGACACGAUUGCGCAGACUGGCGAGAACGAGAAGCUCCUUCUCAAGUUCUGCGACGCCACGACCGCCGAGGCUGACGCUGAGGAAGACGAUCCGGCCGCUAUUCCGCAUUACGCCCACGAAAGUGCUUAUCGCUGUCUUGUCGACAUGGACAAAGCUCUUCCGGUGAUGGGCGAUCUUUGCAAGACCAUGGUGAUGUAUAUGGGCCAGGGCGCCCACAUCAUGGCAUAUCCCGUGGACAAUUUUAAAUCCUUGAACGUGGCAGCCUUCGUUCAUGAUGAUGGAGAAUGGCCCCAGGGCGAAAAACACACCGUUCUUGGGAGCAAGGAGGAUAUCCAAAAGGCCUAUUCUGGUUUUGGCCCUACCGUACGAUCCUUGGUAGCGCUUCUGCCCGAUGAGCUUAAUCGCUGGGCCAUGUUCGACACAUUUGACCACCCUCUAACCACCUACGCCUACGGCCGAAUCACUCUCGCUGGAGAUGCUGCUCACGGCUCCACCCCACACUAUGGCUCUGGCGCGGGCAUGGGCGUAGAGGACGCGCUGGUGUUAUCAACUGUUCUCGAGCAAGCGGCAACAAAGCUCAAAACCCAUGGUGUUGCCGUCAGCAAAGCUAGGGCCCUGACAGCUGCGUUCGAAGCGUAUGACGCCGUUCGGCGAGAACGUUCACAGUGGCUUGUCCGCUGCAGUCGCCGCCAAGGGCAAAAGGUCAAAGGGUUGGACCGAGAGAUAGGCAAGGACUUUGACAAAUUCAAAGAGCACACCAAGGCGUUUAUGGACAAGCUAGUCUACUAUGACUUCAAGGCCAUGCUCCAGCAGGCAACCGAUGAAUUUGAGUCCCGGGUUUCCGGCUCGAUCCCACUUUAA